AUGAGAAAAUCGCUAAAAAACCUUACAGGCAAUGCAGUUAAAAUGGCAUGUGCACCAUGCAUGUCGCACAUAUUUUUCUUCUGGUUUAGACUUGUAGCAUUCACCAUGAUAAAAGUAGUAUCAGAUAAUACAGUAUCCAAAAAACAUUCACUUCGUGAAUCGUUUGGGGAUUUUAUAUAUCUAGCUCAAUUCAAUAUCUGCCAACUAUAUUUGGCAUUAAAAGCCCUCAGCGUUUCAAACAUCAUAGCCUAUUUACUGGCAGUUGCUCUGAUGUUUCAUAAUGCAGUGCUUUCAAUAUUCGUUGAUGCCUAUACAGGACUAACCUGCCAAGCAAAAUACCAGAUAAUUCUUUCAAUAAUUUCGUCUUCAUUUGUAGUUGAAGGAUUCUACUCACUCUACACCUCAUAUUCAAGAAAAUAUGAGUUCGAAUUUCAGCUGUUUAAAAAAAUAGGCUUCGAUGAGGCAAUUAACUGUGCCUAUGCGAUCAGAAAGUGUUUGGAAACCUUUGGUGGACUGAACUUUUUUGUACAUUUUCAAUAG